GCACCAGCUGAAGCUCAGAAAACUUUAAGUUUCGUCGUGAUUUAUUAUUAAACCUCAUUAUCGGGCUGCUGGGCAAACAGUCGAUGUUCAACAAGCAAAAUGAUCGCGAAUGUCUCGUAGUUAAUAAGAACAACGAAUUUCUCGAUACUCGCAGAUUGAACACAAGCGUAAAUUAACGUUUUUUAAGCCCAAUGACGACAUUACCGUGGUGGAUCAUUCAUUUGGCAGUGCGAAGUGUCGUAAUGUAACAGUGGAAAUGGUUAUAAACAUGUCUUUUGCAGCUUAUUUUCGUUUUUAGUCCGAAUGAGCUGCCCCCUCGAUCAGCAGGAAUUUAGACCCCUGCAGUUUUGUUGUAGUAUUUAUGUUGUUAUUGGUGGUCCAUUUAUAGCUUCUGAAACAAAUCAUCAUGAAUCUGCAAACGAUUUUUCAAGAUUUCAAUCCAAGCAAAUUCCUGGUUCAUACAUGUUUGAUGAUUUUUACUGCCUUGUUUGCCCUGAGACUUGACGGUUUUAUUGAAUGGAAUUAUUGGACAGUAUUUACACCAAUAUGGUUUUGGAAGGGUAUGGUUAUUCUUGGUGCAUCAGUUGGUAGUUAUGUAUGGUGGAGACAUCCACACUCACGAUUAGAAGGAGAUGCUUACGUUCAUUACAAAGCAAUGCUCAUAACAUUAGCAUUACACUUAAUUUUAUUAAUGUUUGAGCUGUUAGUAUGUGAUAAAUUAGAGUCAGAACGUCACUUAUGGAUUCUUGUUUUUAUACCAUUAAUUUUUAUCUCUAUUGUAUCAAUAGCGGUUUGCAUUUGGGCUGUUAAACAUGAUAGGUCGUUUGAGCUAGAACUAUUUUGCGCUGUAAAUGUUUUGCAGUUCAUAUUUCUUGCUCUUAGAUUAGACGAGUUUGUUACAUGGAGUUGGGAAGUAGUGUUUGUGCCUUUGUGGGCACUUUUAUGUUUAUCUCUUGUUGCAGUUUUAUAUGCUAUCGUGUUUGCUGCUGUUUUAUUAAGAACUCCACAAAUUAAUGCUAGACAGAGAAGAACUUCACUGAAUUCUGCUUUAGCUUAUACAUCUUUGGUUGUACCAAUAUUAGUGUUUCAGGUUUUGUUGGCAAAUAAAUUAGAUGGAGAUAUCAACCUGAAUUUUACUACAGUAGCAGCACCAUUGUUAUUUUCUCAUGUGACUUUAAUUAUCAUGUCAUUUGGGGCCAAAGGAGGCAAUAAAUGGUGGUUUGGAAUAAGAAAAGACUUCAGUCAUUUUCUACUUGGUCUCUGUCCAAUAUUACAGGAGUACGGUAAUAUUUCCUAUCAACCAAGAAGUGCACAAGAUCAAUCUCCAGAAUCAGUAGCUUUUGAUAAAAACGAAAAAAAUAUUAAAAAGAUUGAUUUGACAAAACCAGUUGAACCCAUAAUUGCUAUAGACAUACCUGAUUGAUGCCCUGCUCAAUGGUUAUGCAAUAUAUUAAAUUAUUCAAAUAAUGCUUUUUUUUUAAAGGCAUUUUUAAAAUUGAAGACUACAAAUAAUUUUGAAUCAACAAAUUUAACAUUUUUGCAAAGGUCAAUCAAAUCAAUCUGAUAACAUAAGUUGUUAUUGUGAUUAUUUACUUGGUCAUAAUUUAUUUUUAUUACGAUGCAAUGAUCGUCUAUAAUAACAAGACUAUUUUCUAUUUUAAUAUAAUUUAUUUAUUGAUUGUAAGUUUAAUCAGUACAAUUAAGAUAUUUUAUUAAUAUUUAUACUCGAUACGUUAAAUUUAUUAUGAAAGAGACUAAAAUUGUGUUAAAAAUAUUGUUAGUUCAAAUAAUAAUUAAUGCAAGUUCCUUAUACACAGAUCAAUAAUAUGAAUUGGCGAAUAUUCAAAUCUAUAACUAUGCCAUUGUGAUGAACUUAAAUGUACAUUUGUAGAAUAAUUGCGUGAAUCUUCAACAGUUCAACAUUUACAAUGAUAUAUUAUAUCGUAUAUUAAAAACUAAUGAGGAAUGCUGGUUAUGUUAUGUUACAUACAUUCAUUUGAGUUAUUUUCAUUUACUUGAAAAGAUAUGAAAAUACUUCAAUAAUGUAUUAUGUUAUAUUUAAUCUUCCAUGAAAGUU